AUGUCUAAGCGAUCCACAAAUGCAACAGUGCAUGUGUUACUGAGCGCAUUAUCUGGUAAGCAAAAACUAAAUACUCAAGGUCUGGAAGCACUUGACUGGUGCCAACAGUUAAGUCAAGGGCGCAAGAAAUACGACGAAGAAUUUAUUCGUGGACUAACGCUCACUGAGGCGAAGUAUUUUCUGUCCUAA